GCAACUUCACACUGACAAGCCAGCACGAGUCUCAACGUCGGAACCCGGGGCAGCUGAAUCGCCUCCUCUGUCGAAAUACCUGUUGUAUAUCUUUAUGCGACUCCUAUCGACAUAUUGAUUUCGCGAUUGACCCAAGCACUGCAGCACCGGGACCGAUUGAACCGAGAUCACCCCGCCAUUCGGGAUCUAGGCCACAAUGCACAACGGUCGCUCUCACCCCCUGCUGGAGCAGGUUCCCUUGACAGUGUCCCCGUUCGUAUCCCUCCCAGCCGCGACGACGCUCUCCUACACCUACAGGAGCAUGCCAUCGGCCCUCCCCCCUUCAGCUCUAGACAUCGCCCCGAUUUCAGACGAUCCGGCGGGCCAACCGAAGCCCAAGUAUGUGAUAUCAAGCACUGGACAUGCUGCGCACCCUGACGAUAUAAUCGCAUCCUGCCGCGCGCUACAGGCGCAUGUCUCGAAGAUGCAGGAGGACGCCGAUCGAGAGUUGAGGGAAUUGGAGGAGAGGUUUAAGUCGCGGGACCUCGCUGAGAAGAGGAGAGUGGCACCAGGCUGGUUGGAUAGCGAAUCGCGCUUGCUGGAGCCAGAGAGGAAUACUCCGGCGCAAUCACAGGGCAUUGGCAGUGUGCCAGAGGCGCAACCAGCCCAAAGCGAAAGGAGCGAGCCUACGACCGACGAUCAAGGUGCAGCACUUGACCGUGCAUUUGGAGGCAUGGCAUUGAGGUAGGGUGUUUUAACAUGCGGUUGACGACCAUAUCACGAACAGGCGCAGGGGCAUUUUCUUUUUGUUCGGAAGCAACCAUU